GAUGAGGGGGUGACAGCGCGGCCGGGGGGGUCCGGUCCCGGUCUGGGCCUUUGGGGGGGGGCGGGGUUCAGCCCGCAGUUCCCACGAUGCUCCCGAGGCCCCGCCCCGCCGCGGCCCUGACCCCGCCCCAAACGGACCCCGCCUCCAGUCACAGCUCCGCCCACUCACGGCCCCGCCCACUUUGGGGCGCGUCCCGCUCGCUCCACCCUCUCAUUGACCACGCCCACUGGGCGCGGUCGUGACGUAACCCUCUCGCGCCCCCCGCCCCCUCCCGCCCCCUGGCGGCGCGCGCUGUGACGUGGCGCUUCCGGCGCGGGCGGCGGCGGCGGGAGGCGGUCGGGGAUGGCCUGACCCUGCCCCGCUGGGCACCGAGGGGCUGCGGGACCCUCCGGGACCCCCGGGACCCUCCGCCGGGCCCGGUGAGGUGAGCGCAGCGCUGCCCGUUCGGUGUCUCGGGAGCGAGGAGCGGAAUCCGCAGCGAGCAGCUCCCGUCGCUGCGGUCCCCGGUGCCCGGGAGCAGCCGCGGGGUCCGUUCUGAGCCCGAAGGUGGCACCGGGGCAGCGCCGGGGGUCCCCACUGCCGCCGCACGGCUCGGUCACCCCGGGUACCGCGGGCUCCAGGCGGGGGUCGCGGAGAUGGAGCCCCCGGCCGCCCCGCUCAUCCUGGGGGUGGGCGACGAGGUGACGCUGGUGGCCGGGGUGGCCGUGCUGGCGCUGGCGCUGGUGCUGGCCUGGCUGUCCACGUACGUGGCGGACGGCAGCAGCCAGCUCCUGGGCACCGGGGACGCGGCCGUCAUCCGCCUCGGGUCCGCGGGGGCCGCCGAGGCCCCGGAGCCCCCCGGGACCCCCGAAAGCGCGGAGGAGAAAGCGGAGGAGGAAGGGGAGGCGGCGGCGGCGCGGGGGGACAGCGGGAGCGCCCCCGAGCCCGGCCCGGAGCAGCGGCUGGAGGCGCGGAGCUCGUCCCGGGACCCCGCCGAGCCCGGUGCCCCCGCGGCGGGGGACGCGUGUCCCGGCCUCAUCAAGAUCCGCCUCAAGUUCCUCAACGACACCGAGGAGGUGGCGGUGGCCCGGCCCGAGGACACCGUGGGGAUCCUCAAGAGCAAAUACUUCCCGGGCCAGGAGAGCCAGACGAAGCUCAUCUACCGCGGGCAGCUGCUGCAGGACCAGGCGCGGACGCUGCGCUCGCUCCGCAUCACCGACAACUGUGUCAUCCACUGCCACCGCUCCCGGGGGGCCACCGCGGCCGCCCCCGCCCUGCCGGAGCCCGGCCCCGCCGCCCCCGCGGCCCCGGGGCUGCCCCUGGGCGGGGGGACGCUCAUGGUGCCCACGGUCAUGGUGGUGCUGGCGCUGGGCUGGUAUUUCCGUAUCAAUUACCGGCAGCUCUUCACGGCCCCGGCCACCGUGUCGCUGAUCGGUGUCACCGUGCUGGUCACCUUCCUGGCCUUCGGGGUGUACGGACAGGCGGGGUGAGGCGGGGGGGAGCCGGGGAGGCACCGCGGUGUCCCUGUGCCCGUCCCCGGACCGGAGCCAGCACAGUGGCAGCUCGGCGUGUAGGUCCCAGCCUUGCUGCCGGACUUUACCCCCCAAAAAGGGGCUGUGCCCCCCCAAAACUGCACUGCCCCUGCCCAGCCCCAGCUCCGGACAGUGGGACAGCACUGGAAUGGGCCGCGGCUUCUUCCCAAGGACUUUUUAAUGCGAAUAAAGGGUGUCGGGUCA